AGGCGGCUGCCGACUGGGGCUGAGCGGGGAACGGCGGCGGGACUUCCCCGAGAAGGGCAGAGCCAGAGCCCGGCGGCCCAGGCCCGGCUGCAGGGCCCGGGAGCGCGGCGCCCGGCACCUCCGCGCCGGGCAGAGACCGAGGAGCCCGGCCGCCCACUCCGCGCCACCCAAGCCCACCACCGCCCGCCGGCCUCUUUGGGAUGUUCGAGGGACCCAGGCAUCCAGGAAGGUGACCGGGCGAGCCCGAGGAUGGGACGGCGCCCGCAGCUCCGGCUCGUCAAGGCUCUCCUCCUCCUGGGGCUGAACCCCGUCUCUGCCUCCCUCCAGGACCAGCACUGCAAUAGUCUGUCCCUGGCUGGCAACGUCUCCGGACUGCAGUGCAAUGCAUCUGUGGACCUCAUUGGCACCUGCUGGCCCCAGAGUUCUGCAGGGCAGCUGGUGGUUCGGCCCUGUCCUGCCUACUUCUACGGUGUCCGCUACAACACCACAAAAAACAGCUACCGUGAGUGCCUGGCCAAUGGCAGCUGGGCUGUCCGCGUGAACUACUCCGAGUGUCAGGAGAUUCUCAAUGAGGAGAAGAAGAGCAAGGUGCACUACCAUGCCGCUGUCGUCAUCAACUACCUGGGCCACUGCAUCUCCCUGGUGGCCCUGCUGGUGGCCUUUGUCCUCUUCCUGCGGCUCAGGAGCAUCCGGUGCCUGAGAAACAUCAUCCACUGGAACCUCAUCUCAGCCUUCAUCCUACGCAAUGCCACGUGGUUUGUGGUCCAGCUCACCAUGAGCCCUGAAGUCCACCAGAGCAACGUGGCCUGGUGCAGGUUGGUGACAGCUGCCUACAACUACUUCCACGUGACCAACUUCUUCUGGAUGCUGGGCGAAGGCUGCUACCUGCACACGGCCAUUGUGCUCACCUACUCCACCAACCGGCUGCACAAGUGGAUGUUCAUCUGCAUCGGCUGGGGCGUGCCUUUCCCCAUCAUCGUGGCCUGGGCCAUUGGGAAGCUGUACUACGACAAUGAGAAGUGCUGGUUUGGCAAAAGGCCUGGGGUGUACACCGACUACAUCUACCAGGGCCCCAUGAUCGUGGUCCUGCUGAUCAAUUUUAUCUUUCUUUUCAAUAUCGUCCGCAUCCUAAUGACCAAACUCCGGGCAUCCACGACAUCUGAGACCAUUCAGUACAGGAAGGCAGUGAAAGCCACCCUGGUGCUGCUCCCCCUCCUGGGCAUCACGUACAUGCUGUUCUUCGUGAACCCCGGGGAGGACGAGGUCUCCCGUGUUGUCUUCAUCUACUUCAACUCCUUCCUGGAGUCCUUCCAGGGCUUCUUUGUGUCUGUGUUCUACUGUUUCCUCAACAGUGAGGUCUGCUCAGCCAUCCGGAAGAGGUGGCACCGAUGGCAGGACAAGCACUCGAUCCGUGCCCGGGUGGCCCGCGCCAUGUCCAUCCCCACCUCCCCCACCCGGGUCAGCUUCCACAGCAUCAAGCAGAGCACGGCCGUGUGACCUAGAAGGCUUGGAGCAGCCCCUCAAGACCUGUGUUUGGGGAAGAUGAUGGCCAGGUUCAACUGGCCACCCUGUCUGCCAAGGGACUGGUUCCUUCUCCACCUUCACCCCCCGGGAGCGGCUGGCACUGAGAGCCUGGGGGACCCCCUUCCUGCAACC